AUGUUACAAAUUUAUAAAUUUUUUAUAUUUUUGUUACUAAUUUUAAAAAUAUCUACUUAUUCAUUAUUUGAAAAUGAAGUUGUAGUAAGAGGAACUGCAAUAUGUUAUGAAAGAGAUUUAAGAGGACCAAGUUAUAUAAAAAUAUCAUUGUUAGAUAGAGAAGUUUUUAUUGAUCAUUAUAUUGGAAGUGAAAUAUUUUAUUUUUCUGUAUAUCCUGAUAUUAAUUUUACUAUAUCUGGAAAAGCUGAAGAAUUGUCAUCACUAGAUCCUUAUAUUAUUUAUGAAUGUUAUUGUGGCAAUUAUGUUAAAGUAAGAGAAGUUAGACUUUAUGAACAUGGAGUAAAUAGAAGAAAUAGUUUAUAUUAUAUAAAAAUAGAUUGUUCUAACAAAAAUUAA